AUGCCUGUUGUUGGCUUGCCCAUGCUUCUGCAAUCCUGGGAGGCAAUGCAAGAUGGCCACGCCGCCGCAGUUGUGCAACCUACAGUCGUCGCACAGCCUUCUGAGGCAGCGCCGACGACGGCAUCGAGAGACACCACGCCCGUCAGCACCAGCAUGGAAGGCUCUACGACCUCUGCAUCACUUGAAGCUGGUCAGCCAUCCAUGGAUUCACCUUCACCCAAUGGGAGUACGCAGCCAUUAGUGCAGGACAGCAAUGCCAUUGUGCCAAACGUGCCGCCGCCACUACCGGCGCACAGAGACAGAUUUCAAGAGGUGCCGUCUACGGACGAAGCCGGGCGGGCAGUGCCAGACGCGCCACCUCCGCCGCCGUCUGUAGUGCAAGGGGCACCGCCAGCCGCCAAGGUUAAGUCAGCGCCCCCUGGAAGCAUCUCCGCAGCGGUGCGCGCUAAGAGAGCUGCGACCAAGCUGAAACGAUCGUCGCAGAUGGGCAGCCUAGUGGAAGGCUCUGGCAGCACGCACGGGGGCAAGAGACGGCAGAACGGCAAGAGGCUCCGGACGGCGUGCGCGCCCAAGAGCGACGCCGGCGGCCAGAACAUGGCAGAUGCAUUGGCCGAGAUGACCAAGAGAUCGACGUACUUCCGGCAAAUCGAAGAGGACGCCGAGAAGCACGCGGCCGCGAUCCUGGAGGUGAAGGACGCCAUCGGCUUGUUCCAGUCCAAGGACAUGGCCAAGCUGGUGAGGUUGCAUCAGCACGUCGAGCAGCAGCUGGUGUCCCUGACCGACGAGACACAGGUUCGAGGGCUUCCCUUCCAAGAAACUGGAGGCGCUGAGGACGGCGGCCGCGCUCUACUCCAAGCUGGACGGCGCCGCCUCGAGGCUCAAAUGCUGGAAGCUCACCGCUGGCCCCGUCUCGCCGCAGCUCGACAGAGUCGAGAGCUACUUCAACAAGGUCCGUUCACUGCUGCACUGGCCAGUGGCCACUGGAGAAUGCCUGGUGGUACGAACGCUGCUCAAGCGUGCUAG